CGUUUUCGGGGCCCCGGCUUGUUCUGCAUGACUGAAUCUGGUAGUGAGACAAUGCUUCUAGGUAUGUUAUUCUCUGAAUGGUUGACCAUACUAAGUUCGACUGAGUAAUGAGAUGUUGUCAGUGGAGACAACGGGAAUUUAACAGUAUUAUGAAAAUAUAACUACUCGUGUUUUAACGGAUUUGAUUGGGACAUAAUGCUUAAGGUCUUUUAAAGACCUUAAUCAUUAUAUCUUCGCUGAUAACAUGUGAUAAGUGUUAUGACAGCUGGGAUUAUACAAUGGAUACUAUGGCCCGUGAUUCCAUACACAGUGGAUGGAUGUUUUACAGAUUCACAGAAGGCAGAAUUGUUAAAUAUGAACAAGGACGGAAGCAGUUCCUUGGCUUAUGUAAUUAAGACAAAAGGACAAUGGAAACACCAGCCUGGGUAAAACGUUUUGACGACGAACCAGAUCAACGACGUUCAUCUUGUGUCAUUCCAUCAAAACAUACCGAAACUUCUUGGGGUUAUGGCAGUUUGUCCGACCAGGAUCUGAGAUCAUUGCAUCACUCCAACAAUAAUUUCUCUAAUGAUUACUGUGAUGGACCGUCAGCGGACAAAGAGUUUCCCUGCAUUCGGACAAUUUCGCCUGAUUGUACAGUGGCGGAGGAAGAAAGACGAAAAAAGAAAAGAAGGCGACAGUUGGAUGAGACCUCAGGUUACAGCACAACUUCUUUGAGUGAAAUGUCAGAGUUCGAAACUCAUACAAAAAGAAGAGAUCGUCGGAAAAGUUCUAAUCCACAUCAUCAUUUGUAUGUAGGCAAAAGACGCGAAUCAGCGACUGACAACCGCAGUGAUAAAAGUAGGGUAUCUCAGCCUGCAAGUAGACGUGAAAGUGAAGUGUCAAAAACUCACUCAAGUAAACAUAUACGUGAAUUGUCCAAGGAAUCAUCACGGACGGAUUUAGACAGAACAGGACAACGCAUUCCGAGAGUUCAUUCUACUGCGGAAAGCAUCGGGAGUUUACAUAGUGGUCGAAGUGCACGGAGCAACCAUACGCACAGGAGUAAUCGCUCUAAGUCACAAACGUCACAGGCCAAGUUAGCGAGUGUCUGUUCGGCAGAUCACACGGACCCUUUUGCCUUUAUACAACCCGUACCCGAUUCAUUUAGUACCCGUUUACGGAAGACAUUGAGGCCCUGUAUGGGGGUGAUGAUAAUGCUUAUUUUAGCUGCAAGUCUAGGGGCUGCUAUUUACUUUGCUAUAGAAUUAAAAAAAACACACGAAGAUGAAAUAGAAAUGCUACGUGCCAAUUUAGCUGUAAAAAUAAAGAAUACGAGAUAUGGAAAAUCACUGGAUGAAAUGAUGCAGUCUGAUUUUAAAGGUCUGGCGUUAGACUACUGCCAACAGAUGGAUCGAUAUUACCAGCGUAGUCAUUUCAAAACCACUUACAGAGGAUGUGAAGUAAUAUCAAUCAAAAACGAGCAUAUCAACUUUACGUUAUUCUUCAUGGAGAAAGAUGCAACAACCAAGGAUAUUAUAUCAGUAAUAGAAACCGCCGCACCGAAAGUGGAUAAAUCUGGACAAGGCGAAGUUGUUGAAGAUAAGUUUGAAAUAGAAUUAGAAAACGUUAAGAUCACAAUAGAGCAUAAACGGACGCCUGUUUCGUUUAGUAAAUUGAGUAAUUCCUCACCUGAAGGGGAUUCUAAUUUAAAAGAGAGCGAAAGUAAAAGCAGAUCGUCAGGCGAUAGAAGCUCCAGUAAGGUGCAGAUUACAACUACACCGUCGACAACAACUACAACUCGCAGAACGACAACUACUAGGGCACCGUCAAAAACAGAUUUAGCGUGGACGCCAUGCGCCUUUAAGGAUGGUUCUUUCUAUCCCCAUCCCAUAGCUUGUAAUAAAUAUUUCCAAUGUGAACACGGUCAAUCGCGACUCCAAGUAUGUACAGGAAAUUUAUUAUUCGACGUCACUUCCGCCGUUUGUGUAGAGGACAGAGCAGACCUUGUUUGCCCGGAUGCAGCUGCUGCCCCGCCAGCUCCCCUGACUAGUUCUUCCUCCGCAAAAACCACGAUCGCCACUUCUAGUGCCAUACAGACGACGACACCUGCCACCAAAAAUGGCGACACGAGUUCGAACAGUUCAAUUGGGUCAUCAAUAUACCCAUCCCGACCUGCUUACUCGCGAACACCUUGUAAGACGGGACCACCUGGGAAACUUUUUCCACACCCUGACAAUUGUCUUAAAUUUAUACAGUGCAUCAGUCCUAAUAAGGGCGUGGUCCAGAAGUGUGCGACUGAUCUGGUGUACGACCCCGAAGCCAUGGCAUGCAUUUUCCCGCGGAACUUAGAACUGUUGUGUCCUGAUCUUGUUCCCUGUGACGGAAUUGUCCGAGGAUAUUUUCCACACCCGUACAACUGUUCAAAAUACAUUCAGUGUGAGUCGGGGAGUGAGGUGAUACAAUCCUGCAAUGUUGGUCUUGUGUGGGACCCGGUGAUAAAUUCGUGUGUUUUUAGAACUCCGUCGAGCAUUUGUCCAAACGCUAUGAAACCAGCAUAAUGUUUAAUACACAUAAGGGAUAAGAUUAUCACGCCAGCAUACGUUAGCAUCGUUAUGUAGAUGUCGAAUAGUCAAUAACCCAGUGUAAAGCUAUACAAAUAUGUAUGUAUAAAGUGGUGAUAUCCAGAACGACGGAGACCAUUCUAAGAUAAUGGAUUUUUCAUCUUAAAACCCAAAGCUGAUCAAGAUCAAACGGAUACAAUUAUUUGUAUUUAUUCAGACAUAAUGCUUUUCGUGAAUAAGAAUGUACUAGGUAUUGUUGCUGUCCACGUCACUUAAAAUGUCACCUACGAUAUUCAUGUUGAUUCACUAUCCAACGUGUUGUGCAUUAAAUGUUAUCACCACCCGUCAGGAAUGCCAUCUGGUCUGUGUCCCAUAUGGUAGUUUUUUUCGCCAUUACGUGCGCGAAAAGGGACAUUAGUGACAUUCGGAGGUGAAACGUCAUUCAUUGCUCUAAAAUGUUGUUUUAUUCGUCUAACUAGGGUGGAGUUUGAUUAAUAGCGUUGCCCGCCUGUAACUGGUACUUUCCCCCUCAUAGACCACACAUUAAACGUCAUAUUAAUUACCUACAUACUACCCAUUAAACAAAAGACACACCAGUUAGAUAUACGUGCUAAUCAACCAGUUAAUUAAUUGCCUUUGUUAUUUCCGUAUUUAGUCAUGGAACUCGGAAACGUUUUUGCAUCCGGGCUCCCUAGUAAGGGACAUGUAUUCGCGAUCGAUUGAUUUUACAUAAAUCCUGCAAUGAAGGUUUUGACGUAUCAUCAAGGGUUACUUUCGAGCAAUAUUUAGCUGUGAUGAUUAGAUAUAUACAUCCAUGAGUUAACUUUUUUAAUCUUAAGUAAUCUCAGUUAUAUUCAAACGCAGUAAUAAACGAGUGAUUAUAUUGCAAAUAUAAUAAUGUGUUACGAAGACGUUCUCUAACAAUAUAGACAUGAUUAACAUAACGUCUUUAUAUCAGUUGUUGUUUGCUUAUUUUUUAGUAUUAUGCAAACUUUUGGAAGAAUGUUUAAAAAUCAAUUAACCAGAUUUUAAAACACUUUAUCAACACCGAGUUCUUGUUAAUGACAUUAUUUAGAAUGUACAUACAUGGACUUGUGUAAUUGUAUUAGGUGUGAUACCACAAUGUGCUUGUUUGAUGAUAUAUGUAUUUAAUACACGGUGUAUGGAUGACAGACUAUAUACAAAAUGUAACGUCAUAUAAAUGAAUAAACUGCAUCAAGGGACAAUAACUUAUCCUACGUAAUAACUGUAGCUUUGUUGUUGUUAAAGAUUCUAUCCGUUUUAGCCUCACUACUUACUAUUUUGUCUUUGUGAUGUAAUUUUGUGCAGUAUUUGUAUACCCUUUCAUUAUUGACAAUCCCACAGAUAACGUUAAACCAAACUUUGUCGUUAUGUCUUUGUGCCAUUUAAGGAAUGCUAGUAAAGGAGCCAAUGUAGCAUAAUGUACAUUGUUCAUACUUAUACAUAGUUGUUGUAUCGCCUGUCCUAAAAUUAUCAUACUUAUACAGUCAUUUAAAGGCAACACAAUAUAUUUAGGUUGUAUUAUAUCACAUACGUAUUUGUAUAUAUAUUUUACCAAUAUUUGCACUCUUAUAUAAAGACCAUGUAUAUAUAUAUGCCAAAUGUUUAAGACCUUAAUGAGUCCUUAACAUAGGCAUAGCAAAGCAUUAGUUCUACUCUUUUAUGCAGAUAUUACCUAUAUACACCAAAUGUAUUGAUUACUAUUCUUUAUUCCAAAUUGUUAUACGUUAAAUAUUGAUUAUGACAAAAACAUUUACUGGUUCACACAUUUAACAUUGAGUAAUAUGAUUUAUAGUUAAGUUUGUCCGACUGCCUAUAUGACAUGGGCUGGGCUUGAACUGUGAAUAUAUGAAUGAAAUCAGCUUAAAUAAAAACUAGCGUGCUGUUUAUGGCAAUCGUGAUCCCACGUGACAUCGUAUGUCAGGAUGUGCAGAGGCAACUACAUUACAAACAUUGGUCACACCCACGACUUCCUAACACAUUUCCUAUGUUAACAUUCGAACAAAAUGUAUUAUAUCCAUCAAAUGUAACCUAAGUAUUUAGCUAGCCUGUAGUAAUGUAAGCUGUCUUCAAUAAGAAAAAAAUAUACCUGUAACGGUGAUCUAUCAAUGUUAAUGUUUUAGUUUAUGAUUUAAAACGAAUAUAAUUGAGUUAGACAAAUGUAUUAUGACACAUCACACGAUGGAUGUAUUCUUAAUUAUAUCAUACUUAUUAACCAUUGUCUUCAAUCAUUUCCCCAGCAACUUGACUGGUGUAAUCACGUAAUCCAAUAUUCAAUAUCAGCAUUUGAAACUGAUGUCUACACCGUACUAAUGUGUAUUUAAUGAUUGUCUAUUAUCCAGCACACGUAUUACUAUUUUACACUUACAUGAUAGAAAUCGUUCACAUUUCUAUUGUAUUGUUACAAUUUGUGCCUUGUAACAUUAAAUAAUGAUAAAAAAUACUGUAUUACUGUACAAAUGUUUAUAUUUUAAGAAAUGUAAAUUUACAAACAUUUGUUCUAUUUCUAAUUGAUUAUAUACAAUAGGUAACCGACCUUAUUGUUAAGUACAUGUGUACAUUACAUACCAGUUCUAGAGUAUUGUAUUGAUUUCAAAAAGGUUAAUUUUGUUUAUACACAUAUUAAUGUUGUACACCAUUAUCUAUUUCUGAUAUCAUAAACUACACUACAUUUAUGGUGGUAUAUACAUAUUGUAUAUCGAUAAUUAGUAUUCCUGUUUUAAUUAUAUUAUCAUUGUAAACCAUCAACAAACAAUUACGACGAGGCUCAACUGCAAUGAGUAGGUACUGUACAGGUACUUUAAUCUAACAACUUGGUUCGACAAUAAGGGAUAGCGUAUUGCUUUUCUUUGACAAAUGAAUGUCUAUGGCAGUACAGGAGGCUCACGUGCCAAACAUAUCGAGCGCAAACCAAAGUGUAUCUAUAUGAUAAAUACGAUUUGUGCGAACACCAAUAAAUUUAAUAUAAAGUA